GAACGCUGAACAUGUUAUCUUAAGAAAGAAGAAGCAGAUUUCUCACCAGAUUUCUGAGAAAGUCUUUUUGCGUUGUAGUAUUGUGACAAUAAACAGGAAUGGAGGAUUAUGUCCAGUAGGCAAACAAUGAGGCUAAUUUGGGAAAUUCACAGAAUACACUGUCUGAAACCUGGAUAAUUUCAACCAAAACUAUCCACUAGAGGGGAGGGUCAGUGGGAGUGAUCACGGAGAAUUACUCAAUAAAGCCGACAGCUUGCAACUAGCUCAAGAGUCAUCAGCACAAAGUUCAGUGAUAAAGUGGUGCAAGAAACAAAAGCAGGGAGUAUUCGUUACCACAGAGGAUUAGUGAUCAGAACCAAGUUUGGAGCUGAACUUCAAGAACACAGCGACCACUAUAAGGAUAACUUUCAAACGCAGUUGGGACAACAGCUGGUGAAUUGUCACCUUUCUAAAACUGUGGAGGAGCUCUUAGAUGGAUUACACUAUGAAGUCCCUGAGCCUUCUGACUCCUUCUACCCUCACCAAGUGUGUGACAGCCAGUGUCUCAGCCAGUGCUUCCAUGACCCAGCAGCUACUGUCGGGUAGAGCUCCUCGGCCGAAGCCCUUCAGGGUCACAAAUGCUGACCGCAGUGUGAAGAAGGGCAUCAUGGCAGACACGCUAGAAGACCUGAUGAACAAGGUCGCCGACUCGUUGAGUGUACCGUGUGUCAGCGCACUGCUGCUGGAUGAAGAUGGCACAGGGGUGGAGACAGAGGACUUCUUCCAGACGCUGCCUGAAAACGCUGUCCUCAUGGUCCUGGAGAAGGGCCAGAAGUGGACCCCACAUCCAAACAGCCCCUCCAGAGAUCAGCUCUGGCUGCAGCACCGGACAGAUGUGGCCAAGCUGACAUUUGACCUCUACAAGAACAACCCCAAGGAUUUCAUUGGGUGCCUGAACGUGAAAGCAACCCUGUACGGUGUUUAUUCUGUAUCCUAUGACCUGCGCUGUUACGCUGCCAAAAAGAUGCUGAAGGAGGCUCUGCGAUGGACCAUCUUCUCUAUGCAGGCCACAGGCCACAUCCUGCUGGGCUCCUCCUGCUACAUCGAGCAGCUGCUUGAGGAGGAGGAGCGAGCCGAGAAGAGCCUGAAGUUGCCACAGGAAAGCAAGAUCAGGCAGCUGCAGAGCAUGCUGCUGGGAAAGACAUCCCAAUGAUGAUGGACUAGAGCUAACAAUGAUGGUGGAGCAAACGCAUUGUCCACUUGUAGAUUUGGGACACAAUGUAGAUGUCACAGAUGAAACUAGUGAUCUCUACUUGUUCAUGUCACAAUAUCUUGUGCAGUUUGCUGACAUUUCAGACAUUGCAACAGUCUCUUCUCACAGUCACUUUCUUGCUCUGUUACAUUUUUUUUGCCCACUUUUCAUGUAGAAGCUGACACUGCUGAGUUAUUCCUCAAAAAGCACUUUUACUCACUACUGUGUAACUUUUUUUCCUAUGGAGAUGAAUAAAUUAAAAAUAACACUUUUA